AUGGCCAUCCUGGAGAGAACCCUCAGCCCAGUGCCCCCCCCAGUGCCCCUCCCACUUUCCGUUGGGCUCCCAGCGUUGGUCAGUUGGAGCCAACAGCCCGCAGAGACAGCAGCACGGAGCUGUGCUGGCUGCGAGGAGGCAGGAUCUGGCCGAGCAGCCACUAGCACCGGCACCGGCGGCCCGCUUCCCAUCCUCGCCAUCGCCGGCUGGCGCGAGUCCUUGGUGCCCGGCGAGGGGCCUCCUGUCCCGGGCGCGAUGGGCCAGGCCAACUGCUGCUGCGGCUCCAGAGGUGGCACCAGCCUGCGCCCACAGCUGCGCCUGGCCCUGGAGCAGCUGUGGGUGCUGAGCGGCAGGAAGGAGGCGGCGGGGGAGGAAGAAGAGGAGGAGCAGGAAGGCAGCGGCGUGGACAGGAGCUCCCUCGUCUUCGUCUGGCCCAGCGGCUCCUGCAUUGCCACUUUCGGGCGAGUUGUGCUCCACGGGGCUUCGUCCUGCCCCGUCUCCUUGCCCAUGGGGCAGGGCUGUGCCGGCGCCCGCCUCUGCCCACGGGCUGGGGGGCAGCGGGGCCUGACGCUCUUUCUCCUCCUCUCUGUCUGCAGCUCCCGGGCACUGAAGGAGCUGUGGCUGGGCACACUGCUGGGGGCACCCGAAGGAGCCGCGAAAGUGCGGGUGACCCGUCUCCCAUCGCUCCAAGUCCUGGAGAAGGAGCUGAGGCGCCGCCGUGCCGGGAGGACAUUCAGCGCCAGGAGCCUGGAGAGGCUGCUGGAGGGCCAGGCCAAGGCCGAUCGCAAGCAAGGGCUCGCGCCGGUCCCGUCCGGCGACGCGGGGGCACGCUGCCGCUCAGCAGGUGCGGUAGCCCGAGGGAGGACGUCGGCGGGAGGAGCAAGGACACCCGCUGGGCAGCGGCCGCUGGAUGUGGUUCUGCGGGGACAGGGAGCCUCUGCUGCUGCUGCUGCUGCUGCUGCUGCCCCGGGGCUUGGCAGGGCGAGGGCUGGGCCGGGCUGUCCCGGUGGCACGCCGGCUCUCGGGAGCCUCCGAGCGAGCCAGAGCCGCGGUUCCGGCCGCUGGCUCCCUGCCCCCCCUGCCGCACCGCUCAGCGCUGCGCUGCAGGGCAGGGCAGGGCAGGGCAGGCUCCGGGAGCGCUGGCCUGGCGGUCUCCAUUGAGGGGCUCGUGCUCUCUU